GUAAAAGCAGUGAGGAAGAGGUCGUCGUCGAAGUGUUGAAAAUUGAGUUUCAUUGAAAAUUUGUGUCAAAUAAAAAAAUGGACGUUAAAAAGAUUCGUUGAAAGUUGUUAAACUAAUCGUAUACAUACUUUUUUAGCAGUAUUAAAUAAAAAAUUAACGCAUGUUCGUUCAAUGUAGAUGAAAGUGUGAAACGAACGUGAAAAAUCGAAGUGAAAAAGUGAGGCCAGCCUCAGCAGCAGCGGUAGAGGCAGCGGCAGUCCAUUGAAAAGAUUGAUAGACCAAUUAAAAAAUUUCGUGUCCGGCGAAUACGAAGAGAGAUAAACGAAACGAUAACAAGUGGGUAGUGUAUAAUUUGGACAAAACAAAGUGUGUGAAAAGGUAGAGGAAAGAAACUGUUCAUGUACUAUAUUGAGGGAGUGCGUGCGCCGCAUGCAAAACACAUUGUUCGCUGAUCAGUAUAACACUGCUUAUCAAGUGAGGGCCGCAGCAAUAAAAUUUAAUAACAGCAGUUAUCGUCUAUCGUGUUGGCCACAGCGAUGGCUGUAAAAGUGCAAUUCGAGAUCGGUCAUACGGCGAGGUUGCGCAGCAAGAAAACACCAGAAGGCUUCACUCACGAUUGGGAGUUGUAUGUGCGCGGUGUUAAAGAAGCAGAUAUCAGCACCUAUGUUGACAAGGUCGUUUUUAAUUUACACGAUUCCUUUCCAAAGCCAAAGAGGGUUUCCAACAAGCCGCCAUACGUUAUCACCGAAUCUGGUUACGCCGGUUUCUUGGUGCCGAUAGAUAUAUAUUUUCGUAACCGCGAUGAGCCAAAGCGUAUACAAUUUACUUACGAUUUAGAUUUGCAGCAAACUGGUCCACCACAUCAUCGGUUCGAGGUGCAAAAGUUUGUUUUCGACCAUGUUUCGGAGGAUUUUCGACAAAAGCUGCUCAAAGGAGGCGGCAUACCAGUGACUGGUGCAGGCGUAGUUGGCGGUGGCGCCGUACCCCCGACCAAUACCACGCCGAAUGCUGCUAUCAGUGAUGAAGGUGGUGGUAUGAUUAGCAAACCAAAACUGAGUAGCGGCGAAGCAGUCGGUGGUAGCGGCGGUAAAAAACACAAAACUCGCGUUGAUGAUUCCAAGAGUAAUUCGUUUGCUAAUCUCUUUGGUACACCAAUAAAAAGCGGCUCUAGCAAACAUUCGCCAGAUGCUAAGAAUAACAGUCUGAAUGUCGGAGGCGGCAAAGGGGUACCUCACGCAAGCAGCGCAAGCGGUGGUGGCGGUGGUGGGGUAACACCUAACUCUGGCAGUAGCAAUGCGAACAACGCUAGUGCCAAGGAGAAGUCCAUUAAAGAACGUGACAAGAUGAGCAGCUCGUCAACGGCUUCCGCCGGUAGUAGCGAGAAGCCACGUGAAAAGUCUGAAAAGAAAGAAAAGCAUAAGUCGUCAUCUAGCCCACACAAAGAGCCGCGUGGUGAGAGCAAGAAAUCAUCCGGCGAGAGUAGCAAACAUGAAAAGCGCGAAGAAUCGAAGUCGAAGAAGGAUAAGUCACGAGAAAAAGAACGUGAACGCAGCCGAGAGAAAGCUGGCACCAAACGAUCGCUAAGCCCGAAAGCAAGUACGCGUGACGUUAGUGCCCCAAGCCCGAAACGACCGACUCCACCCCGAUCUUCGUCGUCUGCAAGCGGGCGUGUGGAGGACGUAAAGCCAACGAAUAGUAGCAAUAAAACGGAGGUUAAGGAAUCUAAGUCCCGCGAAGAUAAAUCUAGCUCAAGCGGCAAGAAAUCUAAGAAAGAAAAGAAAGACAAGGAUAAGGACAAAGAACGCGACAAGGAGCGUCGUGACGAGCACAAAGAAAAGCAUCGAAGUGUUGAAGGGAAAUCAAAAGAUUCAAAGGAAGAACGUCAUGGCGUUGCGGCCAACGUUGGCCCUAGUGGAGAUGCCAGCAAUGUAGCGCCUUCAACGGCAUCUAAUGGGAACGCUGUAGUAGCGGAAGCUAAAGAUCUCAAAGGCAAGCAAUCUCCCGCGAAUGUGAACGCCAAGAAGGCAGACAAAGAUGGCAAAGAUAAGGCGGAAGCAGCCAAGUUAAAGAACAAUGAUAAGACUGUCGAUAAAACCGCGCCGAUUGUUUCGGCAAACGGUGCAAAUACUCAGGCAGCUACUGCACCGGCUGGCAGUGGGGAUAAGAAACCAACCGGCAUUUCAAGCACCCAAGGCAAAAAGGUAGAGAAAGAGAAUGACAAAGAAAAAGAAAAGGAAAAGGAGAAAGAAAAAGAAAAGAAGUCGCAUAAGCACAAGAAAAAGGACAAGAACAAAGACAAAGAUAAAGAACGAGAUAAAGAGCGUGACAAAGAGAGACACAAGGAAAAGGAUAAGGAAAAAGAGAAAGAGCGUGUGGAUGAGAAGAUACGCCCGGAAAAGACCCGGGAAUCUAAUGCGAAUGUAAAUGUAACGACAACCGCAGUCACCGUAGCUCCCGCUGCUACAGCGAUUACAACCGAAACACCAGCACCACUUGAACCGCCCAAGAAUGAACCGAGUAAUGCAAACCCCGCCCUUAACGCUGCCAGCAGUGUGGCAACCACAAACAGCAGCAGCACUGCCACAGCGGCCGCUGCACCAACAAAGAAGUCACAAAGUAAAGAAAAGAAGUCCAAAGAGAAAGCAUCCAAAGAAGAAAAGCGCAAUGCAGCCGAGGAAGGCGAAGUGGUGGAGGUCCGAAGAAGCACUAAAAAUGCUGCUAAAAGUGCUAACGCCGCCGCAUCAGUAACAUCAUUGGCAAGUACCCCUACUGUCCCAUUAAUGAGCACCAAUACCGCUACCAACAGCAACACCAAUAAUGAUAUGGGCGACGGCGCCAAAGCACAUUCCCCAGAGGAAACCCCACUGCCGACGAUAACCGCGGAGAAAGCUGCAGGAACUGGCGCUUCAAAGACGACCUCUUCUACUGACCCUGCACCCGCCGCUUUGCAAUCGGAUAGCUCGAAUAGCAGUUUUCUGGAUAUACCACCAAAGCCGGUGGCAACCACAAAGCCGACAUCAUCGCCCACCACCAAAGCGGAGGUGACACCAGCAGAAAAGCCCGAGAAGUUGGCAGCCGCCAGCAUCAAAGAGUACAAGCAGCGUGGCAGCGAACGUAAUGCAAAGACGAAAGAUGGCGCCGACAAACAAGAUAAAAAGAUAGAAAAAGGAGAAAAGAAACGUCGACGAAGCUCUGUGGCAGCUGCCACCGUAUCAGUAAACACGUUCAUAGAACCUCCAAUCAAGCAAGCCAAAAAGGAGGCUAACAAAGCGGCACGAGAUCAAGCGAAGUCGCCUGCACUGCGACACAGCCGAGCCGCUAGUAUAAGCGGCCCACUCCUCGGCAUCAAUAACAGCAGCAGCAGCGGCAUUAACUCGAAUAACAUCGGCAAUGGCAACAACAGCAACAAUGCGCCCUCGCAAAACAAUAGCAGUUCUGCUUCUACUGAGGCACUCAAUAGUGGCGGGGCAUUUUUGCCGCCUCCUAAUAACUCGACUGGCACCAGUGUAACUAGCUCGCCAGCCCCUCCAGCCACCGCUACCACCGCCAAUGCCAACGUCAGCAACACCAGCUCAAAUGUUGCCGCAACUGCGAGCGUUUCGACAGCUGCUGCAGCAGCGGCAGCGCCGCUGGCACCGCCUCACCCACUGCGACCCGCAUCACCGGCUGCGCCUGUCGGUGCGGCGGCCGCAGAGGCUGCAAGCGCCAACAGCGGUGCAACGCCCACGCCUGCAUUACCAACUGAAUAUUUAAGCGAAUUGCAGGAACUACAUCACAAAAUAAUGACGCUACAAGAUAAUGACGAGUUGCAACAGGUGGUCGAGAUGAUUGCGGCAACCGGCUGUUACGAGAUUACGGCCAAAACGUUUGAUUUCGAUCUAUGCAAGCUGGAUCGCAGCACUGUGCAGCGACUGCAAGAGUUCUUUGCGACAUCUGUGUCGUGACACAAAAUACAUGCCUAAAAUGGAGAAGUGCCUCGCAGUGGUGGCGGCUGGAAACGGAGCCAGAGCGGUAGACGUGGCGAAAGGAGUGCCGACAAAGCAGCUCGUCUGUCUGCUAUUCAAGCCAACAAUUACCAGCUAGCAAAAAUUAAGAACAAGAAAGACAAAAAACAAAAGCCGGAGAGUACAGUGUAGAGCGAAUAAGCGGGUGAUGUUCAGACGGUGAACUUGAAGAUAAUAUAGUAGUAAAUAGUAAGAGGCUUUAUUAAAAGCGAUUGGAAAAUGAUUAAAUAAUUGCUAAGCGAUAGUAAAAACGCUUACUUUUUUAGCACUAGCUCAUAUGACACACCUACAUGCGCACACACAUCACACAAGACACAUUUGUAAAGAUGCGUUGGAUGCAAACGAAAAUAUUAUUCAUAAAUACUGACCUGAUGAUUGCGUUUUUUCAAUUCUAGGUUGAUAACUGAUAGUUAUCAAUGAAAUUAACAAAAUAAUACUGUGAAUAACAAGAAGGUCGCUAAAUAUCAAGAGAAAAUUGAUAGUUAUCAACCUUGUGGUUAUUCACAUUUUGUCAAUCUGAUUGGUAACAAUCAACUUUAAACCGAGAAAGGAUAAUCGCGAUAGGGGCCAUCGCAUUAUGAACUCAUUUGUACUCAAAAUUCUGCGAGAAAUACUUAUACCACUUGCAAAGAAUGAGAAGCUGUUCAUAUGAUAAUUGUUAGGAAAGUUAUACAGUUUAAUUUUAGUAAAGCAAAUGAAGCUUACUUUCAGUAAUUAGACUCCUUUAUAGUUUAAUGAGAAAAAUGUAUGUUAUUCCUUUAUUUUAAUGUUAUGGUCUUUUUCGUUUUUGUUUAUACUAACAGUAAUAUGUUUUUAACAUCAAGUAUCCAAACUGUUUUCUUUACCUCAAAAAAAAUUAAACUAAAAGAUAGGCAAAGUCUAUACCAAUAUAUAUUUUUUUUUUAUGGUACAUAUAUUGAGCUCUAGUAAUGAACAAUGAAUUCAUUCGGCCUAAUCGCAAAUUUCAUUUGAACAAAUGUUCCUAAAGAUUUUAAAGCAAAAUAAGUAAAAGCUAUUUUUCCAUUUUUUUUUUUGUUUUGCCUGUUAAAUUAUGGGAACGAUUUAUUUACAUAGAAUUGGCGAUCAGGCUGAUUAUUUCUCCUUUGACGACGAUGAUUACACUGCAGAAAUAAGCUUUGUCUUCAUUACUUGCCAGUCAAUGUGCAGUAAAAUUCUCAAUUCGCAUCAACUUACACACAUACAGCUGAUAGUGCAUAUAUGUACGUGUGUAUGUAUAUGUAUACAUUUAAUAAAACAGAUUGCAUACUAAACUUUCAUUUUGUUCAUCACUUGGACAUUUGAGAAGACAUCUAAGCAUUUGAAUAUCAUAAAUACUGAUCUGAUGAUCCAUAGUACACAGAUUCCCAAGUAACUCAUCGAUUUUUUUAAUUUUAAUUCAUUAAGUUAAUUAUAGGUUUUAGUUUUCAUUACACUAAGAAUACUAAUGAAGAACUUAGUAAACAUCGCACAAGUGUGUAUUAAAUAUAACACUUCCAUAUACAUAUAUGCAUAUAUUGCUGUACCUACAAAAAAUACUACAGGAAUGUUGUAUUAGUAUGUAUGUUGUAGUUUAAGACUAGUUUUAAUAAAGUUUUUUUCUCUCUCUAGAAUCUAAUUCUUAUGUUUUUCAAUUUGAACUUUAAAAGCACUUUAGAAAAUUGCUAAAUAGAUUUUGUUAUGUGAAUUGUUUGAAAUAAUUUAAUUGUGAAACUACUAUAUUCCUUUUCUUUAGUUGAAUGUAAACCACAUUGUAUGAAAUAUGCUAGAUCAGCUAAUUUCUGUUUGGAACAAUAAAAGAGGUAUUUAUAAUAUAUAGGAAAAGAAAUAUAUGUCUAUGUGACGGGGAAUGUUAAAAAGGACACCUACGGGUAGAAAAAAUUCUACAUAUCUUUACUUUUUACCAAUUCUUACAGUAAAUUUUACGUCCUUUAAAUGCAAUAAACCACAGCUUUAGUUUUUUCUCACAAAUUCAAAGGUGGACGCAUUGGAAAAACGUAACUUCAACUUCCUUUUUAUCGAAAACUUAUCGAACCGAAGGUCCCUUUUAACUUUCUCAGUCACAUAUGUAUUCUAGCACACAGUGUAAUACAGCGAACCCGAUACCCACGCCAUUUUUUUUUUAAGACAACUGAUACGA